AUGAAGGAAGCCGCCGAGUCCUUUUUGGGUCACACUGUUAAAAGCGCUGUCGUUACGGUUUCUGCGUACUUUAAUGAUUCUCAGAGACAGGCCAUGAAGGACGCGGGUUCGAUCUCUGGGCUUAAUAUUUUGAGAAUCAUCAACGAGUCGACUACUGCAGCUAUUGCAUAUGGAUUAGACAAGAAAGGGACUAAGACUGGUGAGAGGAACGUUUUGAUUUUCCAUCUUGGCGGUGGAACGUUCGAUGUUUCGUUGUUGACGAUUGAAGAAGGUGUGUUCGAGGUAAAAGCUACGGCUGGUGAUACUCACCUCGGUGGUGAGGACUUUGACAACAGACUUGUGAACCAUUUCGUUGUGGAGUUCAAGAGGAAGCAUAAGAAGGAUGUUAGUGGGAACGCGAGGGCGUUGAGGAGGCUGAGAACGGCUUGCGAGAGAGUGAAGAGAACGCUCUCUUCCACGGCUCAGAUGACUAUAGAGAUCGAUUAUUUGCACGAGGGUGUUGAUUUCUACGCGACGAUCUCCCGCGCGAGGUUUGAGGAGAUGAAAAUGGAUCUCUUCAGGAAAUGUAUGGAUCCUGUGGAGAAAGUUCUGAGAGAUGCUAAGCUUGACAAGAGCUGUGUCCAUGAGGUGGUUCUUGUGGGAGGAUCCACGAGGAUUCCUAAGAUUCAGCAACUUCUGCAAGACUUUUUUAAUGGAAAUGAGCUUUGUAAAAGCAUUAACCCUGAUGAAGCUGUAGCUUACGGAGCUGCCGUUCAGGCGGCGAUUCUGACUGGUGAAGGAAGCGACAAGGUGUAA